AUGCUGAGCGUAUUUCAGGUUCCCAAACCUGUUAAGGCUAUUUUUGAUAAGUUUCCCUUGGAGACAUACCCUCCUGUGCAAAAGUGCGAUGAUGCUACUGCUUACAAACAAGAAGAGAGGACUUUUUACUUGGCUAGUACUCGAGGUUCACAACAAUUGCCGAAUGAAACUUUCAAGCUAGGUGUGUACAACGUCUUUGAGGAACCGAACUCGAAAUGUAUUCUUGCGUCAGAUCCAUGGUGUCUCUUCACACAGCUUGCGCUUUGUAAGAAGAAUGACCUCAAGCUGUGCUCAAAAGACUCAGUAAAGAAUGCGUCACGGCAACAUAGCAUUUGCAUCCUAUCACAGUCCGCUGCACUUAACAGCAGGUUACCAAUUCUAGUGGAAGGAUCUUCGAAAAGAAAUGUAAGGUCAACGGAAAGCAUCAAUGAAAUUCUGAACUCAAGGGUUUCUGAUCCUGAGCGGAUCAUGUACAUGUGUCUUUUGGACACAACCGUAUAUGACUGUUGGGUUUCUCAAGUUUUACUUCGAACCAGCAAUGUGCGAUUUUUGGAGAUAUAUUAUGAUAAACCACACCAAUCAAAAGCACUAGAGAAGUUUGAAAUGAUUAAUUGCAAAGUUUCUUUGAUGAAGCGAAAUAAUUUCUAUCUGCGUCAUAGCGAGAUAUUCAAGAACAUUAAAUCUGCCACCUUCUACAAUUCUAGAAAUGUUGACAAUUUAGUCAAUUCACUUUUCACAAGUUGCGAGAAGGUGCUUUCGCAGUUUCAAGAACUUUUGGGUUCUGAUGCAUUUUUCUUGAAAGGCAUUGUUCCUACCUACCUGGAUAUUAAGAUCGCCAGUUACAUCGUUUGCAUUCUAAACUUGGAAGACGGCAAUCCGUUGCAUGAGCAUGUUCUACAAAAUUGCGGCAGUUUGAUUAGACACGCCGAAGAAGUUAUCAAGUAUUUUGCAUCUUGA